UUUCAUUUUCACCUUUCUUUUCAUUCUUUUCUCCAUAUUCUCAUCCUUCCUCGACGGCGAGGGAGUUUUUUCUUUCUUAACUUCCCCCGCCGUCACCAUUAUCACUAUAAAAACUGUCAAAAUUCAUAAUAAAUUUUCUAUUUUAUUAAUAUUAUGAAUAGCGAGGAAAUAUUGUUACAAGGAGGAGUAGUAGUUUGUGAAAACGAUUUUUCAGAUCAAGAACAAGUGUUGCAGGAAAUUUCCAAUCAAAAACAGACAUUUGCAUUCAAAAAAAGAAAGCGUUUAACUCGACAACGAUCUAUGUGUGGUACUCCGGGUGAUAUGGCCUGGGAGAGAAGGAGGCGACAAACUCAACGAAGAAGGAAUAGUAUUCAUGAUUGUAACGACGAAGAUUUGCACGAGCUUAGAGGUUGUAUUGAAUUAGGGUUUGGAUUCAAUGAAGAAGAUGGACAGAAGCUUUGUAAUACGUUGCCGGCGCUUGAUCUAUAUUUUGCGGUUAAUAGAAACUUGUCUCUGAGUCCGGUAUCCUCCCCUACACCUACACAUACGCCUCACCGCCUUUCUCACAGUCACGCGUCUUCGACUAUUGCGAGUCCUACAGGAAGUAUGGUUGAUUCCGAUUCUUGGAAAAUUUGUAGUCCAGGGGAUGAUCCAGCUCUUAUUAAAACCAAAUUAAGGCAUUGGGCUCAAGCUGUUGCUUGUUCAGUAAUGCAAUCUCAUUGAUGAAUUCAAGUGUGUACAUCUUAUAUAUAUAUUUUGCUUUUUCUUUUGUACAGAUAGAGGGAGGUUCUCGUUCUAUAAAUAUUUUUUUUAAAAAAAGUAAAAAAAAAAAAGAAAGAAAGAGAAACUGCUAAAAGAUUUGAAGAAAAAAAUACAAAUGUUUGAGGGUUUUUGUUGGGGCUGAACAAACACUUUGGUUGGCUCCAAUUUGUAUAUAGGUUAGAAGCUUAUGGUGUUAUCAAAUAUUUCUCCAUUUUCUUCUACCCUUUUCCUUCUUUAUAUGUAUUUUUUUCAAUUGGAAGUGGAACUAUCUCUCUAAGAAGCUACUUAUUCACGAAAACAAUUUUGAGUUGAGCCUCAUGGCAAAUACUUCUUGUAUAAUGUAAUAUAAUAAUGAUUAUAAUAAUGAUAAGAGAUUUUAGUUA